AUGGGUAAACAUGGUGCCCGCAGCAUGACCACGGAGCUGAAGGUGCUGCUGCCUGAUUCCUCCGAGAAGCUGCGUAUCUCCGACGAGCUCGCGGAGUGCUUUGAUUCCAGAGACGGCGGCGGCCGGAUGACGGCCUUCCUCGUCAGCCCGUUUGGCACGGCGGUCUGGCGCGUCGAGGUCGGCCGGGACAGCGACGGCGCGUUCCUGGGUCGACGGUGGCCGGAGUUCGUGCAGGCCCACGGCAUCUGCGUCGGCUGGUUCUUGGUGCUCCGCCACGAAGGCCGCGGCGUGCUCACAAUCAAGGCCUUCGACGCCACCUACUUCAUCAAAGAGUUCGGCCAAACCCUAACCGUUCCGGGCCUCGGGGAAUCCCAGAUCGAAACCGGCCGUGCUCGUAAGCCGCAGUUCAUCAGCCCGUUUUGCCAUGAUUGGAUGGAAAAGAUGCCUAUCCCUGCUGAAUUUCUGAAACGGGGAUAUAUUUCUGAUGAGGAGCUCAACAGGCGGAUGACCACUUUCGUGACCCCCUUCCGCGACUUUUGGCAUAUCGACCUUGAGAAGGAUGGGUCAAAUGUGUUCUUCGCAGGUGCCUGGUCAAAGUUUAUGGAGUUCCAAGGCAUCACAGAAGGUGAAGUUCUGUUGAUCAGGUAUCAAGGGAAUAUGAUCUUUACAAUCGAAGUGCUCGGGUUUACCGGAUGCCGGAGAAAUUUGAAGAAACAGGACAUCAGAUUUCAGCAAACUGGGAACAGUGAGGAGACAAAUUCGUCCCAGCAAACUGAGCAGAGUGAAGAGACAAAUUCGUCCCAGAAAACUGGGCAGACUGAAGAAGCAAAUUCGUCCCAGAAAACUGGGCGGACUGAAGAAAUGAUUACUCUUUCGUCCCAGAACACUGAACAGAAUGAAGAGGCAAAUCCGUCCCAGAAAAAUGCGCACUAAGCGCAGAGCCAAAAGGAAGCACAAAUUUCCAGAAGGAAAAGGAAACGAAGUGAAGAAACAAGAAUUCCAAGAAGCUGCAGAAAUCCUCUUAACAAAAGAACAGAUUGUGAAUAUGAUACUACGUCACAGCCUUGGAUAAGGAAGCAGCUCAACGCUAAGCUUCGAAACAGUAUUGUAAGCACAAUCAUAUAUGUAUUAUUUCCAAGGACAUUCAUAUACUCUAGGAGAUCAAACCCUGAUCGACGAUC